AUGCACAAGCUUCAUCUUCUCUUCGCUGGAAUGCUCUUCGCAUCUGCCGCGUCCGCGGAUCCUCUCGACGAUGCAAUCGCACUCUUCAGGCGACAGAGCGUCUCUUUGUCCACUGGGGUUACCAGUAGCGACACCACCUCAGAUGAUACCACAUCUACUCCUACGAGCACACCCACAAGCACACCUACAACAACUCCCCCAGUGGUGACCGAAUCUUCAACCAUCACUACAACUCCAAGUGUCACCCCAUCAGUAACCACAAUUGUAACAACAUCAACCCGAACACCUACCAACUCGGAGGGAAGCGUCACCACCACCGAGCGUGAAACUUCAACCGUUGCCACCGAGACAACGACCCCAGACCUCACCUUGAUCACCACCAGUGCUACCCAGGAAGUUAUUACUACAUUCACAACUGUGAGCGAUGGGAGCACCUUCCAAGUCACAAAGACCAGCAGCAGUGUGAUGGCAGUCACGACCAGUGUUGACCCUGCCUCCUUGACUGGAGGAGAUGGCAAGGGUGGUGGUUCUGGAGGACUCAGCGAGACAGCCAAGAAGACCAUUGGAGGUGUGGUUGGAGGUAUUGGAGGCGCUCUAUUGCUCGCUGGAUUGGCAUACACAGCUUGGCGUAUCUGGGGCAAGAAGAAGAACCUUCACGACGAUGAUCUGUAUGACCCCAACACCAAUCAAGACAAACUCAGUGCAACCACUGGCUCUGACAACACUCCCUUCCGGUCUACCUUGGAUCAAUAUCAUCAACCUGGACCAGUCAACACAGCAUCAAACUUUUAA